GGACCCUGCAGGUGCAGCAGAGAUUUUUUCAAUAAUGUGCAGUGUAGUCGCGUUCACAGGAGCGCGAGGGCAGCUGCUACUCUCGCGCAGCUGCUCCACAAUCUGCAAAACACUGACCGCGAAUACGGAUCCAAAAACAUUGCCUGGGAUCAUCGUUCCUGGCUUCUGCGCGACGCAGCGCAACAUCGCUCCACAUCACCGGCGCAUCCAGCCGACAUGGCCUCAUCCAUGAGCGGAGCGGAGGAAGUGCGCGUGUCGGCGUUGACGCCCCUGAAGUUGGUGGGUCUGGUGUGUAUUUUCCUCGCGCUGUGCCUGGAUGUUGGGGCCGUGCUGAGUCCGGCGUGGGUCACCGCGGAUGACCAGUACCACCUGUCCCUGUGGGAGUCGUGCAGGAAGCACGCUGCCUCCGCGGACUGGCAGUGCGAUAGCACGCUGGGGCAGAAAGGGACCGACUGGCAGAUCGCCACAUUGGCCUUGUUGUUGGGUGGAGCAUUCCUUAUCCUCCUUUCCUUCCUGGUGGCCCUGGUGUCUGUCUGCAUUCGCUCCAGGAGACGCUUCUACCGACCGGUCGCUGUUAUGCUCUUUGCUGCAGUGGUCCUACAGGCCUGCUGUUUGGUGCUGUAUCCCAUCAAGUUCAUCGAGACCAUCAGUUUGACAAUAUACCACGAGUUUAACUGGGGCUACGGUCUGGCUUGGGGAGCCACCAUCUUCUCCUUUGGCGGAGCGAUUCUCUACUGCCUGAACCCCAAGAACUAUGAAGAUUACUACUAAACACGCUACAACACCCACAAUGCACUUCAAUGUCCUGUCCACUGUUGUGAUAGCAGCUCAUGCACUGAACGUUCAUUCGGAACUGAUCCUUGAUUUUGCAAACACACAAAGACCCUUAAAAUGCUGGGCAAUGCCGAGCUGUUAGAUACAUCGAUUUGGAAUCUUUUCCCCUCAGAUUACUCUAUCACGCAAUUAAACCCCAUCAUCAAACUCUCAUUCUUUUUCCAUAUGUCAUCUCUCUCUCCUCAUGUAAUUCUAACACCUCUCAUCUCCAGAUUGUCAGCCUAUGUUCACAGAAAUACUGCCAGUCUGUGAUGGAAUCAGUGGGGAAACCUCCAUCUGUGGUGGGAUCUGAAACAAGGCAGACAGAAGUCUACAAAUCUGACAGAAUAAAAUUGUGCCAUAAUAGACACAUUUGUUUUAAUACUUAAAAUUAAACUGUUUAGAAUGCACCUGAGAACUUGAAAUAAGAAAAUGUUAUUAGUACAAUAAAGUACUAAUCAGCCAAACUAAAGUCAUCAGUGUAAUUAUAAACUGGUCAAAGACCUUACCCUUAAGGUGCAGCCAAGUUCGCGAAAUUUUGCGCGUAAAAAAGAUCCAUUGUCAAUAGCUUUAAGUCACUUUCAAACCAAGCAGCUUUCUGUUGGUCAGCGUGGGGAGUUGAAUAUGAGUGCGACCAACUUGAAUACGAGUGAAAUCUGCCUGUGCAACUGAUGUAAAAUUCCCGAUCUCACGGAUUUCUAUUGCAAUGACUGGAUUUCGCCAUAAAAUUUCACUGAUCAACAGUAAAUAUUAGUAAUGGUAAAUAAAUAGAGAACUUUCAAAGAUCAAUUGACAAUAGUAAAGUGAUAUGUGGAGCACAACUCACACAGAAGUCACUUAAAGGGUUAGUUCACCCAACUUUCACCCAACCCAUGAC